AUGGCUCGACCUGACCCAGCGUCCCGCUCGCACACGCGCAGGUCCGACGAGCUGUUUGCCGCUUUCAACGGUCCUGCUGAUACCGAUCCGGCAUUACCAAACUAUGCUCAAGCAAGCAGCUCUACUUCAACAGCAUUUCGCUCCUCAUCCAGACCGUCCACGGAUGUCUUCUUCGACGCCGGCGAUGCGCUGCCCGAACCCGACAACGCUUCCGUCAAUGACCCACUAGGCGCAAAUCGUGCCAACGCCAACUCCUCUACAGCUCCAUCUCCUUCUUCUUUCCGCCCGCCAUCUCUCUCGAAUCCCAGUGGGAACACGCCUGCCUACGACUUUGAGCGUCCCGAGUACUUUCCCACCGCAACCAGACGACCGCCACCGACAUCAACUCCCACCACUCCUCGCUCUGAAACAGUCGCGGAAGCCACAAACGCCUCGUCCAAUCAUCGCACAGUAGACAUGAGCUUCGAAGGUAGCGACGAAGCAGACGAUUCGACGCACUCUGCCAGCCGCAGCAACGUCCAUCGAAACGGCUACAGCUCGCUACCCACUUCGAGCAGCGGCGCUGCUGGCAGCGCAAGCGUGAGCGCGGAUGCUUCGCAACACCUCUCACGUAGCGAUCGGUUGCGUUUUGCUCUUGGUCGCUUCGGUCGCUUUGUUGGCAUGGGCAUACCCGGUGCUCGCUACACUACUCUCUCGCAGCAAGACGGCGCCCGCACAGGCGUACAUCGACCCCGCGUCGUCGGUGGCGGCAUUGGCCAAGACGGCGUUUUUGCCAACCUCAGUGCCAAGCCAGAGCGCCGUCGACGUGGCCACAAUACCGGAGGCACCGACGACCGAGGCGAAGACGAUGAUCUCGAAGACGACAUGCAGCCACCCACUUACGAGAUUGCUGCCGCCGAUGCAGUGCCUCAGUACUGGGAGACCACCAUCCUGGGGGGCAGCGUCCACCCGCUUGCCAAUGGACUCGGCUGGACACCUGGAGGGGCCCAUGUCGGUGCAAUCGAGGAUCUCAUCGUCGAAGGGCUUGCCGUUGGCAACUUCUUUGGCUUUGCUUGGAAUCUGCUGGUAUCCAUGACGUUCCAAUUUGUCGGCUUCUUGCUCACUUACCUCUUGCACACCACGCACGCCGCACGAUGCGGCAGUCGAGCUGGACUCGGCGUCACGCUGAUCCAGUACGGAUUCUACCUGCGCACAAGGGCCGCCGAGAUCGCUGAAGGCAAGGUGAUUGGCUCGGGCGAUUUUGGUGGAAAUGGUGGCGCUUUCUCUGCUGGAGCCGGAUCUGGAGGUGCAUGGUUCGGUGAAGACGUCGAUAGCGCCGAUGGUGGUGGCGCCCGCCGAAGGAGAGGCUGGUUGUCGCGAACUGUCCAGGCUGCACAACCCUCGGCAGACGGGACGACGCUGGCAGACCUGUUUGCAGCCCAGGCAGAUGGUCAGCCCGUCAACGUCGGAGGCGAGAGUAUCACGGAUUCUAUGAGCCAGUCGACCGAAUGGCUGGCCUAUGUGCUCAUGGUGCUUGGAUGGACCAUCCUGCUCUCAAGCAUGCUCAGCUACUGGCGCAUCUGGCGAUGGGGCAAAUCGCUCGUCGAUGCUGCACGUCGCGAACAGGAAUCUUCGACUAAUGACACUGAAACCAACAACAACGCAUCUGGUGGCGGGUCUAACCCGGCAACGGGUGCGACGGGUUUCAUCAACCGCUUUCGCUCGGCCUUGAGCUCGCGAAGCGGUGCCAGCGGAAGUGGAUCUGGUGAGGACUGGAUCCUGUUCCCAGGCGUAGGCCACCGGCUGGGCCGCACCAGUACAGCUGCAAGGCAACAGCAUCGAUCCGCCUCGUUCGACCAUCCCACCAGCAUCGUCGAUCUAGAAGACGACGAAGGACUUGAUACAGAGGACGCUCGAUUGAAUUCGGCAGAGCGGCGGCUGUUGAGUGACAUGCGUCGCGUCGGCCUUGCAUGA